GCUUGGGGAUUCUUUUUUCUCUCCCACCGGAGAGCUGUAACCAGGCAACGAGGCGAACACAGGGCAACUGGAAAAUAGUGUAAAUGGAUGAAUGAGUAUCCAUGGUAUAAUUCUUGUCCUCGCCCAGGAAUAAGAGUGUAGAUGUGAAUGAACACUGGGUGGAUUUUGACUGGCGUUUGGAGAUAAAGAGGAGUCAAGGCACCGUCGCGCGCGCUGCUGCUGUCUGGCCUUCUUAAUGUGAUUUAAGUACUGCAGGAGAAUUAUUAUUAUUAUUCAUAAUAAUAGUAUAAUUAAUGUUUUUUGUGUGCAGAGAGAGAGAGAGAGGCUGUGUAGUGGCUGUGGGCUGUGAGAAUGCACAUUGCGAAAGAGAGCUCGCUUUCUCUCGCCAUCAUGCCCUCACACGUCUGUUCGGAUUAGCGGUGAAGAUCAAAAGCCUCUCCUCUCCUCUCCUCUCCUCUCCUGGAGUUUGCGGUGAAGAUCAAACGCCUCUCCUCUCCCUCUCCCGGAGUUUGCGGUGCUUUGCAGGGCAUGUCGGAGUGAAAGACACAAACUGACGGACAGCCGACAAACUAGAACAACCAGCUGCUCCCUCCCAGCUCUCACUCAGACAAAAUGGGAGAGCAGCCCAUCUUUAGCACCAGAGCCCACGUCUUCCAGAUCGACCCCAACACCAAAAAGAACUGGGUCCCCACCAGCAAGCAUGCUGUCACCGUGUCCUACUUCUACGACAGCACUCGCAACGUCUAUCGCAUCAUCAGCCUGGAUGGAUCCAAGGCCAUCAUCAACAGCACCAUCACUCCCAACAUGACGUUCACGAAGACCUCACAGAAAUUUGGCCAGUGGGCAGACAGCAGGGCCAACACCGUCUACGGCCUCGGCUUCUCAUCCGAGAGUCACCUGAGCAAAUUUGCGGAAAAAUUUGCGGAGUUUAAGGAAGCUGCACGGUUAGCAAAGGAGAAAUCUCAGGAGAAGAUGGAGCUCACUAGCACUCCCUCACAGCGCAAACUGGCUUUGGUGUCUUCAAAGCACAAACGGGACUUGACUGUGGCCGCUAAAAAGGAAUCAGCUACGGGUGACCUGCAGUCACCUUUGACCCCUGAGAGCAUCAACGGGACGGAUGACGAACAGAUCGCGCCUGACGCCACUCAGAACUCGGAGCCUCGACCCGAGACCAACGCAGUGCCCUUCCCACACAGGCAUCAUACAGACUGUGGGAUCAAACAUAUGUUCAGCAGCUCGACUAACAUCAACAAGCACUGGGAGGCCGAGCUGGCGGCGCUGAAGGGAAACAAUGCCAAGCUAACGGCAGCCCUGCUCGAGUCGACAGCCAACGUUAAACAGUGGAAACAGCAGCUAGCUGCUUAUCAAGAGGAGGCAGAGAGACUGCACAAAAGGGUGACAGAACUGGAGUGUGUCAGUGGGCAGACGACAGGAAUCAAAAACCAGAAAACAGAACUGAACCAGACGAUAGAGGAGCUAGAGGCAGCGCUGAAAGCCAAGGAGGAGGAGCUGGAAAGACUAAAAGCAGAAGUUGAGAAAGCCAACGAGUUGCAGUCACAGAAAGAGACAGUCACCCAGAAACUACAGGAAACGGAGACACGAACGGCAGAACUGGAAGCUCAGCUAGCCGAGCUGGAGCAGCGUGUGGAAACCAGUCACAAAGAACAGGAGACUUUUCGCAAAAGCCUGCGCUCACUUCUCGAGCUGCUCGACAGCAAGAUCUUCGAGCUGACUGAGCUGAGAGACAGCCUGGCCAAACUGAUCGAUGGAGGAGGCAGCUAGAGUCUGCAGGAGCACAUUGCCCUCUGGUGGAGAAAACAAAGACACACACACACACACGUUCAUGCCAGUACAGCAAACUUUAGUAAGCAUGCAUGUAAACAGAUGGAUUAACAAUGUCCAUGUUCUCACACAGGUGCACUUCCACAAACUGAUGCCUGUACACACACACACACACACACACACACACACACGUUACGGGCCUAACUGGGGUUUCAACCUGCCUUUUUGGAAUUUCUAAUUUUUAUGAACUUUACACAUAUAAAAAGGGCAUCUCAGAUUUUUUUGUACCAUUGCAUCGGGGAGCUUUUCAUACGGAGACGGCUGGCAACGUGUCUCGGUGAUAAGUCUAGCUGAACAGAGUGUUUAUAGCUUGCUGAGCCUUUAUUUAUUUAUUUAUUUAAGAUUUAAAUUACAGGUUGUCUGUAUUUUAUGUCAGUUUUACAUUUUAUGCUUUUCUGUAAUCAGUCACGUGACCGAGACGUUCAUGACAAAGCUGCGUCUGAGAAUAAAGAGCAUCAGAGCUCAAACUCAAAAAAGAAGAAAAAUACGUCGUAAUGCAAACACAGCUGCCGUGUUUGGUGCACAUUAUCACGUCUGUUAUUGAUAUUUUGAUGAGUUUGUAUUACCACAUGUCCUGUAUCUUGUCCUCAGAGUUGUGAACAGUGGGAUGACUAAGGAUGGGGGGGGGAAAGGGAUGGAAAAAUUACAGUUAAGAACUAGCGAGUCACAAUUAUACCUGAACAUCUGAAAGUUAGAAAGUGUCCAUACCAAGGAUAAAAACUAAAAAUGGAACAUUUAUUUCUCCAAAAUUUUCAACUUGCAUUUGGAAAAGCAUAUUGUAAGUUCCAGAGAGUUGUCCAAGGAAGUGGCGACUUGUCCAUAGAGACAGGUGGAGCAGAGACACACCAUAUAUAUAUAUAUAUAUAUAUAUAUAUAUAUAUAUAUAUAUAAAAUCAUGGUAUCAGCUGUUUAACGAAUGUUAAUUUUCAUAACUCAUUUGAAAUUCUGUUGAAGUACAAAUUACCGCUUUGAGUAUCCAACGAUUUUAAAAACUACUUCAAAGAUAUAAACAGGUGUUCCACUGAGUUGUGCUCCGUGCUAGAUGUUGCAUGGUCACAGGUCCAAUUUAGCGCCACAGAGUUAUUACUGCACCUAGUGGUCAAAAAUGGGAACUGCAAUAAAGAUCCGUUGGGGCAGGUAUCACGUUGCCCCAUGCUCAAUAGAGGAGCAGAAGACAGGGCAUUUGAUAACUGGUUUGCCAAAUUGGGAUAAUUUACAAUCAUUUUAAAUAAAAGAUAUUGAUUUAUAGCAAAUAAUCUGAAUUAAAUCUAAUCAAUUUCUGCAAAGUGUAAGUGCAGAAAUUGUACAGAUGUACAGUAUGAUGUACUGAACCAUUUCUAUGGUAAGGUAUACUGAAAAGUUUGUGAGAAGAAAAUGAGAACAGUGUGUCCCUCUUUAGUGCUCGUUCCAGGUUUUUUGAGAUGUGUUUGUGGUGGAAAUUUUGCAGUGGUACAUCUCUCAAAAUGAAAAGCUUAUAGCAUAAGCUAUACGUGACGUGUGAUAGAUUUCGACUAUAUUUUGAAGUCCUGCAUCAACAGACUCUAUGGUCACAAGCUGCUGCUGGUCCAUGGAGUUAAUUCAUGUAAUCACACAUCUGGGAAAUGAUCACAAUGAGAUGUUACGACAUGAAUACUACGAGACGUUUAGCAUGACCAAGGUGAUCUGUUUUUUUUUUUUUUUCCUCCUAAAACAGAAAGCAGAUUCCUGGAUGUUCCCCCCCAGCAUCCUAGCCCACACCGGACACUACACUGUAUGUUUCUGUAUAAAUAUCCUGUGCAGUCAGAUUUUGAUUUAACUCUGAAGUGUGUUAUCGACUCGCUGGUUAUUUGCUUCCGUCAGAGUUCAUGCUUCCUUGCACCACAACAGGAUUUUUUUUUUUGUGGACAUUUAGGAAGUCGAGUGACUGUGCGAGAAUUGUGGACUACAAUUACACAGUCAGGACACGAACAGGUCGAUAAAUAUCUGCCUUGAUGUCUUUUACCCCCCCCCCCCCCCCUUUUUUUUUAAAUGAAACUAACACUAUCAGCAAAAAGGAUUCCUGAGGUUGAAUAGUCCAUGACCUUAUUUCUCUUAUCAAGUCCUCACUUUGUGGUACCUCCAGAACUUGACAAGUUGACACGUCGUGUUUGUGGAUUGAACCUGAGCAGAGAAACCAUCCUUCCACUAUCAGAGCAAUACAAAAGGAAAAAAAAAAAAAAAAAAACCCACAAACGUCUCACUUUCAGGUAUUCUGCUUCCCUCUUGUUCGAACGAGACGUGAUGUACAAACACACACACAAACACACUAAACACUUUGCUUUGACUAUGAGGCAGUCUUUCAUUUCUACACCUUUUUCUAAUAUAUAAAUAUUACUAAUUUAUAGUGCACUUGUGCAAUUGUGUAAACUGACCUGGGUGAACUUCUUUUU